AUGGCCAUUAUCGGUGCUGGCUUUGAUGACCAUUCCUUCAGUAGUGAAGACACUUAUAGCCACGUCUUCACAGACACAAAAACUGCCACAGUCAAAGGCUUGUACUUUCAGCGUGCUCAGCUGCUCUGUGGGCCAGCAUCGAGCCAGUACCUCGAUCCCUCCCAGCAGGCCCUUAUCAAUGUGGGGGGCAUCCGGUACGCCUUCCCCUGGACCACCCUGGAGGAUUUCCCCCAGAGCCGUCUGAGUCGCCUGCGCUUCUGCACUUCUCUUAGGGAGGUAGCAGAGUUUUGUGAUGACUAUGACGAGCUGCGACAUGAAUUCUUCUUUGACCGUGACCCUUUAGCCUUUCGGGCCAUACUGAACUUCCUGGCAAAAGGAAAGUUACGUUUGCUGCAGGAUGUCUGCAACGUGGCCCUGCAUGGUGAGCUGCUGUAUUGGGGCAUUGAUGUUAGACAUAUGGAGCCCUGCUGCCGCCACCGGGUGAUCUGCUCUGUGGAGGAGGUGGCCGAGCACCAGCGCAAGGAGGACGAGUGGCGGCAGAGAAGGAGGGCACUGAGGGCUCCUGUGGUAGAGGGCAGCCUGUUCCGCAUGAUUGGAGAGGCAGUGGAGAACCCUCAUUCAGGUUUAGCAGGGAAAGUGUUUGCUUUUCUGUCUGUCGUGAUGGUAGUGGUCACUGUGAUCAGCUUGUGUAUCAGCACCAUGUCAGACCAACAACAAGAAGAAGCCAUGGGUAGAUGCUCCCAAAAGUGCCGCAGCUUGUUUAUGCUGGAGUCUAUUUGUGUUGCUUGGUUCUCCUUAGAGUUUCUAGUGCGAUUCUUUCACGCAAAGAGCAAGCUGGAGUUUGCCCGUGGCCCUCUGAACGUAAUUGAUGCUGCUGCCAUCUUUCCCUACUAUGUCUCCCUGUUGGUGGAUCUCAGGGAUGAGUCUGUUCAGGAUAUUGUGACCAGUGCAGGGAGGAGCAACCUGGAUAAACUGGGUCUUAUCCUGCGUGUGAUGAGGGCAUUGCGUAUCAUGUAUGUGAUGAGGCUGGCCCGCCACUCUCUGGGUCUGCAGACCUUGGGGCUUACCAUUCAGCGGAGUAUGACAGACUUUGGAUUGCUGCUUCUCUUUGUGUGUUUCGCUGUGACGCUCUUCUCCCCACUUGUACAUCUGGCUGAGAGUGAGCUGGCUCCAAAUGCUGCCAGGUCCCCGCAGUUCAGCUUCAGCAGCAUCCCAGCAUCAUACUGGUGGUCCAUUAUCUCGGUGACCACAGUGGGGUACGGUGACAUGGUGCCCCGCAGCAUCCCUGGCCAACUGGCAGCGCUGAUCAGCAUCUUAUCAGGAAUCCUCAUUCUAUCUUUCCCUUCCACAUCCAUCUUCCACACAUUCCUCCACACCUACACCGAGCUCAAGGAGGAGCACAAGAGGUUGUGGAAGGAGGAGAGAGGGGCUGAGCUUGCCACUGAAGCUGAGGAAAGCAUAAAAGAAAGAGAAACUUGGCCUGAUAACUGGCCAGAAAAUGAUUUUUUACCUGGUGUGGAUGAUCCUUAUUACCUUUUCAUGUCAGACAUUACAGUGUUGGCUCGGAGCAACUCUCUUCGGUGA